AUGCGAGCCUCGACAAAGUCAAUGACCCCUCUAAAGCAGUCCAAGCUAAACUUCGGCUCUGCAGCAAACGGCAAGAAUGGAAAGACGCCCAUCGGGAAGAAGAAAGCACCCACGAAUGGGAAUAUACUCAAUUUCUUCCAGAAAGUUGAAGUAGAGGAGCAACUGUUCUGCGCCGGUCCUACGAAUACCUCCGCCCCUACCCCAAGCGUUGCGCCACCCCCGAAGGUUGACGAAGGUGUAUUUGGAGACGAAGAAGAAGUUGGAAAAGAAAAAAGAUCACCUAAAAGGAGGAAGUUAAGCCAUGGUGCAAACGACAGUCUACCGCAACACCCGGGGAGCACGCGGGACGAAGAAGAAUCCUAUCAGAUGAAGCCAACGGUGCUAGAACGGACGACUACCAAACAAGCUCGAAAGAAGGUUCCUUUUUUGAUCGAUUCCGAUAGCGAAGACGAUGAUAUAGAGUCAUCACCGUCUAAAGACAAUAUAAAUACCGAGACGGAUGCUACUAUAUCCGAAAUAAAAAAUGAAACCGCAGAAUUAAAUGGAGCUUUCAUGCCAAAUUUACCAGUGGACGAGAGUUGUGCGGAAGCCCCUGACAUUCCGCCACUCGAUCAAGAGGAGCCUAUAUAUGAUGAAUUUAAAGAUCUCGAGGAUGUAGAGGGAUUAUUUGACGACAUCGAGGAGUACGGUGAUGGCGAGGAAUUCCGGGAACGACGUUUUAUGGCAGAACAAGCGCGCCUCGAAGCUGAAGAGGCGGGGAACUAUACCUCGGACGGUGGGGUAGGCGAAUUUCAGGAUGGUGAAGGGAUCGUAGAAUGUUGUCCCUUGUGUAAUGCAAAUCUGGCUGGCAUCACUCCAGACCAAGCCACAAUUCAUGUGAAUGCUUGUCUAGAUGGCAAUCCGAUACCCCUUCCGAAACCCAAUCCGGAAGGCCAAGCACCUUCGGAAAAGGUAGUAGUAGAUACACCUGAGGUUAGCAAGCGGUUUGCCAAAGCCGCCGUACCACGGCCCGGUCAAGCCAAUCCGAUUAGUCUAGGAAGCACGGCAAACAAACCCACCUCGGCCUUUAGCAAACUAAUGUCCGGACACGCGGAAGAUGCGGCGUGGGCUUCGGCCGCAGCUGCAGAGCAUGCCUCGCGUGGCAAACCCGCAUACAAGCGGACGUGUCCCUUUUACAAAAUCAUGCCCGGAUUCUCGAUCUGCGUUGAUGCCUUUCGGUACGGCGCCGUAAAAGGCUGCAAUGCCUACUUUCUUAGCCACUUUCAUAGUGACCACUACAUCGGCUUGACGGCCAAUUGGUCUCACGGGCCUAUCUACUGUAGCAAGGUGACUGGGAGUCUUGUGAAGACCCAACUCCGAACUGCGGCAAAGUGGGUGGUUGAGCUAGAGUUUGAGCAGACGGUCGAAGUUCCGGGAACCGAAGGGGUGACAGUCACUAUGAUCCCAGCCAACCACUGUCCAGGCAGUUCGUUGUUCCUUUUCGAGAAAGCUAUUGGCAAAGGACCUAAUCCAAGAAAGCAGCGGAUUCUACACUGCGGCGACUUUCGAGCUUGUCCAGCGCAUGUCAACCAUUCGCUACUAAAGCCGGACAUAGUUGAUAGCGUUUCUGGCAAAGUUAAACAGCAAAAGAUCGACGUCUGCUACCUAGACACGACGUACCUCAACCCUCGCUACUCCUUUCCUCCCCAAGAUGACGUCGUUUCGACCUGCGCCGAAUUUUGCAAGUUGUUAUCUGACGAUGCCAGCGAUCCCGACGAAAUCAUAGAUGCAUUAAAGCAAGACAAGGGCAAGGUCAGUAAAUUCUUCAAAAAGGAAGAGAAGAAGAAGAGCCCUUCAUCGGGCGGAAAAGCAGACGAGGGCAAACCGCGAAAGAACCGUCUCCUCGUCAUCUGCGGCACGUACUCGAUCGGCAAGGAGCGCAUAUGCAAGGCCAUCGCGCAGGCGCUGGGCACCAAGAUCUUCGCGUCCCCGGCUAAGAUCAAGAUCUGCGCGCAGCUGGGCGACCCGGAGCUCGCGGCGCUCAUGACGUCCGACCCGCUCCAAGCUCAGGUCCACAUGCAGAUGCUGACGGAGCUCCGCGCCGACACCCUGCAGGCGUACCUCGACGGGUACAAGCCGCACUUCUCCCGCAUCGUCGGGUUCCGCCCUAGCGGCUGGAACUACCGCGCUUCCCCUUCUUCCUCUUCUUCCGGAGGCACGACCAAGAGCGGCAGUAUCACUACCACUACCGCCGCCGCCGCCGCCGCGACGAAUAAUGCCAACACGUCGCCCGCCAGCAUACCCACCACGACCCUCCUGCACGGUUCGGCCUGGCGCACGCGCUUCUCGCUCGCGGACCUCGCGGCCCAGCGGCAGCGCGGGGGCACCCGCGACGCCAUGUGCUUCGGCGUGCCGUACUCGGAGCACAGCAGCUUCCGGGAGCUGGCGCUGUUCCUGAUGGCGCUGCGAGUGGAAAAAGUCGUGCCGACGGUCAACGUGGGCAGCGACCAGGGCCGCAGGCGCAUGAAAGGGUGGAUCGACCGGUGGCUUGGGGAGAGGAGGAGAGGCGGGGUCGUGAGGGUUUUGGAGGAGAAGGAGGAGGGGAGGGAUAAAGAAAGGGGUGAGCAGGAUGUCGAGCUUUGGGAGGGAAAGGAUGGGAAGGGUGGGGGGGCUUGGUGGUAG